AUGCCUGGUAUACCUGUGUUUGUAGCUAUCUUGGUAGGACUGGUAUCGUCCUUCGUGCAGUCAUUGGGUCUAACGAUCCAACGUAAAUCCCACCUCAUCGAUUCCUCCCUCCCUCUCCCUCAACGACGCAAACCCCUCAGACGACCCCUAUGGCUACUGGGAUUCGGCAUUUACAUCACCUCCAACAUCUUCUCGACGAUAUUCCAACUUGACUCCCUUCCCAUCGUCAUCCUCGCUCCCUUGGGUGCAAUUUCGUUGAUAUACAAUGCAAUUCUCGCCAGAGUCAUGCUGGGGGAUAAGUUUGGGAAGGUUUGGAUCAUUGGUACGGCCCUGAUCGCUUUGGGAGCAGUGUCGAUAGCUAUCUUCGGGGUUGUCAACGAACAGCAUCAUUCGUUAGAUGAGGUGUUAUUGUUAUUUAGACGAGGACCUUUUGUGGUGUUUUUCACCAUCAUGAGUUUGGCGACUGCCGCUGUUAUCGUGGUGUCUCACAUCGCUUCAUUUCACAUUCACCGACAAUUGUCUCGUAUACGAUUACCUGAAGAUUCAGCUGAUACAGGCUCGUCUACACCUACAUCACUCGUACCUAGUAAUUACGCAUCACCUCAUAACAACUCUCAGGCAAUCCCCUUCCGAUCCAGACUUGCGACCAAACCCAAUGGCCAUAACCUCCGAAGAUGGUCAUCACCUACUUCACCUGUAUAUAACUCUGUACCUCUCCCUCUCCCUUCAGACCCUAAUACCGCCAAAGCACCGCCAAAACACCAUCUCCAUCUUGAAAUACCGGAUCCCCCAAGUCAUCCAUAUGGUACAAAUCAACCUAAUGAGAAACAACCGCGGACGUUAACAUUAUGUGGAUUGGGAUUCGCUUCUGCCUCAGGGACAUUAUCAGGAAUGUGUCUCGUCUUGGCUAAAGCAGCUGUCGAGCUGUUGGUAUUGAGUAUCAACUAUUUUAGAACCGGUCAAGGUAAAAAUGAAUUUCUGAGAAUACAAACUUGGUUUUUAGUUUUGGGUUUGGGUGUUUGUGCGAUUCUUCAAUUGGUAUAUCUGAAUUAUAGCUUGACGUUCGCUUCGCCUGCUAUUAUCUGUCCUUUGGCUUUUUGUUUUUUCAACUUGAGUAGUAUAUUCGACGGUUUGGUAUUCUACGAUCAAUUUUCGAGAUUAUCGACUUUGCAAAUAACUUUCGUCUCUCUGGGUGUGGCAAUCUUAUUACUGGGUGUGUGGGUCGUAUCAGCCAUCCAACCGGACUCAGGUGUAGAUAUAGGUACAUGGGUAGAAGAAGAAUCCGAUACCGAGUCGAUUUUAGAUGAAGUUGAAGUGGUACAGAAUCCAUUCUCACAAAACGAAUCCCCUACACAAGCACAGCUCAAUCAGGUCAACCCUCUAUCGCCUACUCUACGAGGUGAUCAAGAUCCAUUGACAAGAUCAUAUAUCCAACCUUCGGAUCAACAGGGCACACCUGAGGCUCUGCACCGAUCGGUAUUCUCUGAUCCCGAGCAUCCAUCGACUCCUACUUCACCAAUGUCCCCUACGACGCGAAGACGACAUCAUCACAGGAUGAGAUACGGUUCCUUGAUACCUGAUGCUCUACCUACUGGAGCACCAACGGGAUUCUCUAUAGGUCUAGCAGCGAGUUCGCCCGGUUUCGCACUGCGUUUGGGAAGUUUCUCGAUCGAUGGAAAUUUCCAUCCUCACCAUGCUCAUCCUCAUGGACAUGGUCAUUCACCCUUAUUAGGUUCAGAAGAAGGACGGAGAGAUUUGUGGGGACGAAAUGUCCAUGUGAGAAGUAGAUCAGAGGGUCAGAGAGGUCUGACAGCGAUCAUAUCAGGACAGGAUGAAGGUGGAUACGAAGCUCGUACUGAAGAUGACGCAAAUGUAGGGGUAGAAGAAGUGAUAGGAGAGAAUAGGGUAGAAGGUGAAUUGAGGGAAUGGACGGAAAGGGAUGAAGAUGGGAAUGUCAAGAGGAAAGCAUGGUGGGAAAGAUUAUUUGGAAGGGAAUUGAGAGGAAGUGCAAGUGGGGGUCAACAAGGGAAAGUUAGAUUGGGGGGUGAUGAACAUGAACGGAUUUAG